UAGACACACACACACACACACACACACACACACACACACACACACACACACACACACACACACACACACACACACACACACACACACACACACACACACACAGUACAAAGAGCAACACGCUGGACGCUGGGAGCUGCUAAGCACACAAAAACCGGUAGCUAUGUCAAAUGAGAUGAGUGUCCCUCUUCUCAUGGAUGAAGAGGACACAGUUGAUGAUGCACAUGCAGCUCCUUGUUCUUCCACUGUGGCCAUACUGGGAUCUGGUGACUUCUCACGCUCCUUGGCUAUACGGCUGGUGGCAUGUGGUUUUGGUGUGGCAGUGGGGAGUCGUUGUGUGAGGCGCAUCUCUCCUGGUCUCUUUCUGGAUGCGGUGGAGCUGAACAGUCAGGAGGCGGCAGUAGCAAAAGCCAAGAGGCUGGUCUUCAUGGCUUUGUUCCCUGAACACUAUCAAUCCCUGCUGGGCCUCAGGACAGCACUGGCUGGAAAGAUACUCGUGGAUGUGAGUAAUGCUGUGGAGUUGAACAGCAAGAGACCAUCUAAUGCAGAGAAGCUUGCAGAGAUGUUCCCAGACAGUGUGGUUGUUAAAGCCUUUAAUACAAUUUCUGCUUGGACUCUGCAGACUGGUGCACAGGAUGGUAGCCGGCAGGUGCUGCUGUGCAGUGACAGUGCAGAAGCAAAGAAUGAGGUGGCCCAGCUCGUCCGGCGGAUGGGCUUUUACCCAGUAGAUGUUGGCAGCCUGUGUUGUGCACAGCAUCUUGAAAGAAAGCCAUUGCAUCUCUUCCCAUCAUGGCAUGUCCCUUUCCUCACUACCUUCCUGCUCUUCAUUUUCUUCUACUGCUAUGGAUUUAUUCGUGAGAUUCUUCUGCCAUACUUGUCCAAUGGACAAAACAACUUUUACCGCCUAGUCUUUGAUCUAGUGAAUAAAAGCCUGCCAUGCGUGGCACUGGUCAGCCUGGCACUGGUGUACCUGCCGGGGCUGUUUGCUGCUUGGUUGCAGCUGUGGAGAGGCACCAAGUACCAGCGAUUCCCCUGCUGGCUGGACACCUGGCUGCUGCAGAGGAAACAGCUUGGUCUACUUAGUUUCCUGUUUGCUGCUCUGCAUGUAGUAUACAGCCUCUGCCUUCCACUCCGUGCCAUCACACAGCGCAGGCUUAUAAACACUGCUUACUCACAGGUUAAGUCAGGUGUGGAGAUGCCUUGGGAUGAACAGGAAGUAUGGCGCACUGACCUCUAUGUGUCCAGUGGAGUAUUAGGUCUGGGCAUGCUCUCCCUGUUGGCUAUCACAUCUCUCCCCUCAGUGGGCAACAUCCUCACAUGGAGAGAAUUCAGGUUCAUUCAGUCUGGACUGGGCUAUGCUGCUUUGACUCUCUCUGUCAUGCAUACAUUGGUGAUUGGCUGGAAUUUUGCCUUCUCUUCCAAGGCCUAUGCAUUCUAUAUGCCACCCAGCUACAUGCUAGCUGUGGCUCUGCCAUGUGCUGUGCUGGUGUGCCGAUGUUUCCUGCUGCUGCCAUGUCUGUCCACCAAGUUGGCACGCAUACGCCGGGGAUGGGAAAGCACACGCAAAUGCCCUGUGUCACAGCACCAGCAAGUGCAGGAGAAUAGGACAGUUCCACAGGGUCACAAGGAACAAGCCAUCGGAAACCUUGGAUGGGGUGUCACCCUCACAGGGCAGAGGUGGGAAUCGAGGCCCCAACCCCAAAGGGGUAUAGCAAAUGUGCUAACACCUAAGACACUGUGUCCCCUAAUAGCAUUAUAUUGAUAGACAUUGUGAUGAUUUGCCUUGCAAUCUAUUAAAGCAAAUGGCUGAAUCUGAUGUACCAUGGAUAAAGACUGAACUGUUAAAGACCAUAAUUAUUUGUUCUACACCAUUAUAUACAACAUCAAAUCUGAAAUCUCUGGGAGUGCUCACAGAACAAAAAAUAUAUUCGUUAAAGUGCUUAGUAUAUAAUUUGUAUAUUGCAGGCUUCAGCAAUCAGUUUCACAUACACCAAUAUUUUGAUGAAGACAAACAAGUAUACUUUAACCAUACAUUUUAGAUUUUAGUAACAGAAAAAUGUGUGAAACAACUCCACACGGAAAGAAGAGGGC